AACAGGUGUAAUGGGAAACUCACAGAGCACCACUGUGGAUGAUCUACAGGCUAUCGAGCUCCACCACUGGUACAAGAAGUUUAUGGUUGAAUGCCCAUCAGGUCAACUGACCUUGCAUGAAUUCAAACAGUUCUUCGGCCUUAAGGGAUUGAGCCCAGAAGCCAGUGCUUAUAUUGAGCAGAUGUUUAAAACUUUUGAUAUGAAUAAGGAUGGAUACAUUGAUUUCAUGGAGUACGUGGCUGCUCUUAGCUUAGUCCUCCGGGGCAAGAUGGAACAAAAAUUACGCUGGUAUUUUAAGCUCUAUGAUGUAGAUGGAAAUGGAUGCAUAGACAGACAUGAAUUGCUGAACAUCAUUAAGGCUAUACGUGCCAUUAAUGGCUCCCAGCAAGAGCAAUCAGCAGAGGAGUUCACAAACAGGGUCUUUGACAAAAUUGAUGUCAAUGGAGAUGGGGAGCUUUCUUUGCUAGAGUUUGUGGAAGGAGCCAAGAAAGAUGAUGAGUUUUGUGAGGUGAUGAUGAAGAGUCUUGAUCUUACUCACAUUGUGGCAAUGAUUCAUAAUCGAAGACACAGUGUGUGAAGCAGAGGAGACAAACAGGACAUCAGACAACUGUGAAUCAUCUGAACACUUCAUUUUUACCCGGGAGCCAAAAGAAUAAAAAGACCCUUGAAAUGCAAGAGAACUAUAUCUGAACUUUCUCUAAUAUGUAUAAUUGGACAGUAUAAAAAUGUACUGACCCCACUGAUUAAUUAAUUGACCUUCAAAAAUCAAAAUUAUGUUGUGCAACUAACACCUAGAAGGAAGACUGAGUACAGCUUGUUUUGCGAGACAAACACUACAGAGUGAACCCUGCAGGAUGGCCUUAUCUGGCAGCUUUGUGUCUGCUGGAUGACUCUUAAGUUACUGUUGCAAAUCUUGACCAACAGUGAUAGGAUGGAAUGAGAGAUGAUACCAGGACUGGGACUCACUGACCUUUGAAUAGAUGAUUGCUAUUUAUAAAACUCCAAUGUACAGUAUCUUGUAUUAGUCACUUCCCUAGAUACAUUGAUUAUAAUGGUUGAUUUAACAACAGCAACAUUAACUCUAAAAUCAUGCAAACUGCAUUUUGAAGAGCAUGUAAAACAUUUAUAGGUGGAAACUAACUCAGAUUCACACAUUGUUGUAUAUGACUCAUUUCUGAGAACUAAAUGAUCUGAUAGAUAUAAAAAUAGUGGGAAAAACUCAGUAGGUCAGGCAGCAUCUGAGAAAAGUGAAACAGAAAUAACAUUUCAGGUUGAAGAAGAAAGUCAUACUUUAUUGAUUAAAUAUUUUUAUUUCAUUCUGAUGAAAUUGAUGAAUUUACUGUUAUCUAAUAUAUUAUACCAAUGUAAUUGAGGUGAAAAUUGAUUCACUAUUAUAUAUCUUUGACUUCAUCUGUGCAUUCUGUUUAGCCUUGAGCAUGAAGUAUGAAGUAGCCUUUGCUUCAUUACUGCAACAGGUGCUUCAAGCCAUGCUGGAAUUAAGUCAGGAAUUUAAAAUCAUACAAAAUAUUUCAAUUUUCUUUUCAACUGUAAAAUAUUCGAAAUCAAGGAGUUUUACAAGACCAUUGCAUCUUUUACAAAAUUAUCAAGCCAAGUUUCUUAAAUGAAAAUGAAGUCAAUUCCUAGCUUGUACUUGUUGACUGAUGUCCUCCAUUUAUGUCUGACCCUCCAAGUAAUGUGCCUUUUCAGCAUUUAGAGUAGAGACAUCUGUAAUAUGUUUUGUUGAGCUAUUUUGUGUACUGAUAGAUAGAUAAAAACCUUUGAGGAAAACAUUAUAAUAAUCUGUGGGAAGAAUCAGAGGA